UGAAAUUCAUUUGGUGCCCUAAAUCAUUCUGCUUGCGGCGUUUCUCCUCUUGGCAUCGUCCACAAUCAGUGCAGGUGCUUUGAUGAUAAUGUCAGAGACUUCAGGAGGUUUGGUUGCUUCAGCUGACCUGAGUAAAGUAGGACCAGAUUACUUUACUUUCUACAAAUGUGAAGUAAAAGAGUUGCUCUCGCAAAAUGAGGAUUUCCUGCCUUUUGCUGCUGAAUUUGCUGGAAACAUAUCUGAGGAGGUCAGGGGCAAUAUUAAAUUUGAUCCUUCUUCUGGUUCUCUUUUUGAUAAUUGUGUAGGAGUCAGUCUUUCUGAGUGCAAAAAGGAAAGAUUGAAUGCAUUGCUCCGGCAGACUUUAGCAACUCUUGCACCAGAAGUUGAUGAGAUGCUUGAUCCUGUUGUAGCCUUGCGUCGAUUACAAUCACAGGUCAGAAAAAGAAAGUUAAUUUCAGGUCACAAGGAUGUGACAUCCGAGGGUGAGAAAGAGCUGGAAAAUGCCAAUAAGAGAAGCAAGAAGUCAUCUUCCUCAUCAACCAGCAUCACUAGAGCUGCUAGCCCGGUUAGUUUUGGAUCAUGUGGACAGUUUCAGUGCAAUGCUCGUGAAACUACCUGUAAAAAUGAAAGUGAAUUUCAUUUGGCCUCAAACACAUCUGCUGACAAAAGAGAUGGAGAGGGGGAGGAUGAGGAUGAUCUACAGUUUUUACUAGAGAAUGAUAGCUCACUGGUUGAGGCAUCAAUCAAGAAAUAUUCUGAUCAGCUAUCUGCCAAGGUGGAUGCUUGUUUUCAGCUUGAUCAUAUGGAGAAGCAGAUUGAAGAACUUCUUGAUGUUGUGGUGUCCACAUGCAGGCCUAUGUCCGUUGCAGAGAAAAAACAGCUUCAAAUACUGAUUCAGAAGCUACCACCAAAAAAUCUCAACCGUGUGGCUGAAAUAGUCCAACGUGAAAAGCCGUCAGAAACACAGAACUAUGAUGAAAUUUUUGUUGAUUUGGAGAAAAAGGAUAAAGAAACUCUUUGGAGGUUGUAUUACUAUGUUGAAGCAGUUGAAAAAGCUAGAAAGCUCUCAUCAUCGUAAGGCAGCAGAGCCAUGAUAUAGAGCUGUUUCUCAUGAGAAUUAUUCAGGAGAUACUUGUGAAUUUCUGAAUCUGUGCUCAGAUUUUCAUUUAGAACUACAGCUGGUAAGCAUGGUACUUCGAGAACAAAAGCUAAAAACUAUCCUCAUUCUGAGUAGUGAGUACCUCGACGCUUCCAAGUUGAGCAACUCCCAGAUGAUUUUUAGUGGUGCAAUUUACUGCACAGUACAGCCUCUUCUAGUUUAGUACCGACACAAAUAGGUAAAAUCUCUUCCACAGGAAUAGUUUAUUCUUCUUGAGGAAAUGAUUUUGAUAUGAAAUGUGAAGAGUGUAAAGAUGUGUACGCGGUAACAGAAAAGCUUUGUGUGACAACUCUUUAGAAAUGCAAAUAGCAAUUCAUUAGCCUGAAA